CCACUUUCUACUACUCAUCCUCCUUUGCUGUACGAUGCCCCCGCAAGCGCAGGCCGAUUGGCUGAUGGACUGUGGCGACUGUAUGUGCAAGUGGCAAUCGGGCAAGAAGACUGCCGACUGCAAGAAUCUCUCGCUCAAUGCGGUGCCGGAAAAUCUAAGCAACGAGGUACAAGUGAUUGAUCUCUCCUUCAAUCGUGUUGCGAUAUUGGAGCAAAAUGCCUUCCUCAAUGCCGAUCUGCACAAUCUACACAAGCUAUUUAUGCGUAAUGCGUCAUUGCAACAGAUCGACCCGCGCACGUUCACACAACUGGAGAUACUCAUUGAAUUGGAUUUGUCGAAUAAUUUGUUACGCAACCUGCAAGCGAAUGUUUUUGCGCGACUGGUGAAGGUGCGCUCGAUCGUGCUGAAUGGCAAUUGGUUGGAGGUGCUUGCCGAUGGCGUCUUCCAGAAUCUUAAGUACCUGCACAAGGUCGAGCUAAAGCACAAUCGUUUAGCGCGUAUUGGCCAAGAGGCGUUCGGCAACGUGCCGCUACUGUCACAGAUCUACUUGGAUGGCAAUAGACUGAGCUUCCUGCGAAAAGAGUCCUUUGAGUCGCUUAAGCGACUGACUGCGCUCUCACUCGAUUCGAAUCCGUGGAACUGCACUUGCGAGUUGCAGAUCUUUCGUGACUUUGUGUUGAAGCGUAACCUCUAUACGCCGCCCACGGCUUGCUAUUAUCCGGUACAUCUACGCGGCAUGCUCUGGGUAGAGGAUCAACCGGAAGCGUUCGCAUGCAAGCCGCGCAUUAUGUUCCCAGCGCGCGGUACUUCCAUAAACACAUCGAAGGAGAAUGUGACGCUGGUGUGCCGUGUGCAUGCGUCACCAAACACGCUGAUAUCGUGGGACUUCAACAGGCAACAGUAUCGCGCUUCGACCAGCAACAGCGGCAGCGGCACAAGCACACUCACCACCAGUAGCGCCAGCGGAGUCAGCUGUUGUGGCAGCGGUCAAGCACAGCGCGUUCACAUACAACUGCUGCGCGAUGAGCAAUCGAAAGAGAAGGAAUUCGGCCGUGAUGUAUUCAUCUCGCGUCUCACCAUUGUGGCUGCGGAGAAGAGCGAUGAAGGUGUUUACACGUGCACGGCGGAGAAUGCGGGCGGCAAGGAUGCCGUACAAAUGAGUCUGUUGGUACAACGGCCAGGCCAACGCGACAUGCUGCUGCAGGGCAAUUUAAUCAUUGUGAUUUCUCUAAUGGCACUGGGCUUGCUCAGCGUCUCUGUGUUCCUUGCGCUCAUCACCUGCUGCAUUUACAAACGUUUCAAGGCAAUGAGUCCCGCACAUCACCGUCAUCAUCAUUUCGAUGUGGCAGAUCAGCUGACGCCGGGUAUGGAUGGUCAUCAUACGAUGACGACGACGACUACAGUGGCCGGCGGCACAGAUGUGGUGCUGGGCAUGGACGAUGCAGUGGGAAGUUACAAGCAUCAUUUGCAAAAGAAAAAUGCGAAUGGCGAUGUAAUGGAGGGUAAAGGCGGUGCCGGUGGCGGCGGUAGUGGGAAAUACACAGAGGUGAUAAAACAUGGCGUGACUGUGAUGGAUAAUGGUGGACUAUUGGGGAGAGGUGGCGGUGGCCGUGGCGGUGGUGGUAGUGAAGUUGAUCUUAGCGGUAUGCACAGAGGAGGCUCACAUGCGGACAAGAUGUACUUGGAGCGAAGCAAUGAAGAUACGCUUCACAUUAAGUACCCGCAUGGACCGUCCGCAGUUGAAAUAAAUCGUCUACUCAAUUCAACAUCCACAACAACGUUGGAUAUUUCUACUGGUGGCAAAGGUGCGCUCGGCAAUAGUAAAUGGCGUACGGAUGGGCAAAACAGCGAGGGUCACCUGAGUGGCGUGGGCGUGGGCGGCGGCGGCGGUGGCGGUGGCGGACGUGCUGGUGAAUAUCAGCCUGACUUGCUGCCCGCGUACAGCACCCAUAAAGCAGCCAACAAUAGUGGCAGUAACAAUAACAUUAAUGGUCAUGCCAACAGUGUGGCCGGCAAUCAGCAAGGACAGCUUUAUAGUCCGAUAAAAACCACGAGGACAAUAAAUCUGCACGAUGACCAGCAAAUGUCACAACAACAACAGCAACAUCAGCAGCAACACCAACAAAUAACAAAUCAACAACCCAUUGUGGCCAAGUCUAAAUAUAAUAUCCAUGCGCAAGAGUAUUUGCAAUCCAGGUAUGGCGCCGCAAGUAAACCCAGCGAAAAGACUUUGCGUCGCGGUGAAGUGAUUGCGGUGGCGACGACUAGCAUCGCACUCAACAGCACCGGGUCGUUGCCAACAACAACUGUCAGUGCAGGUGGCGUGACGCCGCAGGCGGAAAGUGGCUUCUCGACGCUGCAACGGCAUAGCAAAUCAGUCGCGUUGCCACCGCGCACACCACCCACCGAUACGUAUUCCGCAGCCGCAGCAGCAGCAGCAGCAGCAGUAGCAGCUACUGGCCAGAGCCAUUCUAACAGUUAUGGCUAUGAAUAUCGCCAACCACCACCGCCUCCCUACAACUCAGCGCAUCGCACGGCCAGUGGCUUGCAGUUGUUACAGCGUCGCACCAGCAUAAACAACGAGCAGAAUAGUGAGCAGACGAGCGCGACUAAGGAUCUUGGCUAUCGAGAAGCGCUGAUGGGCAGCAACUAUGGCGGUGUUGGAGGUGUUGGUAUGGGCGAUGGCGCGCGUCAAACCAUUGUAACAGCUUCCUCAUCGCUGCAAUUCCUGACGACUACUGGCUAUGGUGGCAGUGUGGCGCCACAACGUCAGCUGCUUUGAUUAUCGACACAGGCGGGCGUGCUGAGAUAGAACAUUGGGCGGCUGCUAUAAGCAGCAUUCUGAGAUGUAGUGAUUUUACGGGCGGUCGGGAAUUCGGAAAAUUUAGGGUCUUCAAGUAUGCAGUAAUGACAUUUUGCCAUUUGGAUUUCUUCAAGAAUAUUGUGGCGAAAACGCAAUUGUGUUGUAAACAUAUUCGAGAGAUCAAAAAACCUUUAAAAUGUUUGGAAUUUUUUAACUUAUAACUAACAUAAAUUUUUUAAGGCUAAAUAAGAAUUUUGCUUUAAGUAAACAUUUAUAAAGUUUUUUUAGUGAAACAAUUUAGAUAUCUGACUUUAGAAUUUUUCGCUUUAAAUUUAAAAAGCUUUAAAUUUGUUGUCUUAUAUUAAUAUUUUUGUGACUAUUUCUUAAAGAGCAAACUAAUUUUUUUUGCAUAGUUCGUAUGAACUUGGCAUUUUGGUGUUUAGACC